AAAGAAAUACUUUUGUGUUAGUCAUAUGCGCAUUAUUCUCACUCCGGUUGACCCGAGUGAAGAGGUGGAGGCUGUACGUACAUGACCGGGAGGUAGUUGAUUCAAGAAGGUUUACGUUAUAUUUACACACGCAUACACAUAUAUGUAUAUAUAUGUAUGUUCAUAUAUAUAAAUAUGUACAUAUAGACUGUGAAAGAGGAUUGCGAUUCUCUUUGAGAUUUUUGAAAGUUAAAAAAAAAAAAGCGUCUCCCCCCCUCCCGCAAAAAACAACACAAACUGGAUACUUGAUCGUGAAAUCUACAUAUAAAUGGAGUGUCCGCAUCUUGAGGAAAGUGCAAAAAUCACUGUGCCCUCUGUAAAGUCAGAAAACCUUCCCCAGCAGUUUACUUGUUCAGUGUGUAAAACAGAAAAAAGUCCCUGGAUUUGUCUAUGUUGUGGAGUGGUUAAUUGCGGCAGAUAUGUUAAUGGUCAUGCAAGGAAGCACCAAGAAGAAGACAAUGAACGUGCACAUUCAGUAUGCAUGGAUUGUGAUAGUUAUUCGGCCUUUUGUUAUGUCUGUGAUGAAUUUGUGGUCAAUGAUACUAAAGGAGGACAUCUUGAAAAACUCCGAAAACAUCUUCAAUCACUGAACAGUCCACAGAGCCGGCUGAGAGACAAAUCUAAAAGAAUUUCUCAAACAGAUUCAGUUGAAAAUAACAAAAGGAAAAAAAUGAAAUUGGACAAAGAUACCAAUCCAAGAUCAUCUGGGCUUCGGAAUUUGGGGAACACAUGUUUUAUGAAUGCAGUUUUACAGUCACUCAGCAAUAUAGAGGAAUUUUGUGGUUACAUUAAACGUUUACCUUCUUUGGAAGAUCAAGUAUACAAAAUGAGGAAAUGUCAUUAUGCUAAACGAACAAAAAAUGGGGAAGAUGUGCUUUUAGUGGAAGAACUGCGGAAAACAUUGAUAGCUUUAUGGCAGGGAACCAAGACAGCUAUAUCCCCAGAUUCCCUCUUCUCAGUGAUCUGGCAAGUUGUACCCAGAUUUAGAGGUUACCAACAACAAGACGCCCACGAGUUCAUGCGCUACUUAUUAGACAGACUACAUACAGAAUUACUCACUCUUUUACCCUACCCAAAUGACAACAGUCCGUUUAUUGGUCCAAAAGGCAAAAGUACAAUUGUGACUGCCAUUUUCGGUGGUUUACUUCAGAAUGAGGUCAAUUGUUUGAUAUGUAAUAUGGAAUCUAAAAAACACGACCCUUUUCUUGAUUUAUCAUUAGAUAUUCCAAUCCAGUAUUGUUCAAAAACAGCUCUCAAAUCCAAAGAAAGUGAAGGAAGGUGUAAAUUAACCGAUUGUUUGACCAGUUUCACAGAUAUAGAAGAAUUAGAAGAAUCAGAACUUUAUAUGUGUAGCAACUGUAAGAAAAAACAACAUUCAACCAAAAAAUUUUGGAUUAGACGUUUACCAAAUGUUUUAUGCUUGCAUUUGAAGAGAUUUCGGUGGAAUUCUGUGUUUAGAUUAAAAAUUGAGACUUUUGUUGAGUUUCCAAUACGUGGUCUUGAUAUGAACCGAUAUGUGUUAAACAACUUGCAUGAGACACGAGGUAGCUUCUCUGGCAGCAACCUUUAUGAUUUAGCUGCUGUUAUUGUCCACCAUGGUUCUGGUGCUGGUUCAGGACAUUAUACUUCAUAUGCUAUUCACAAAGGUGUUUGGUACCACUUUAAUGACAGUAAUGUCACAGUAUGCAAUGAAGAGACUGUGUCACGCUGUAAAGCCUAUAUUUUGUUCUAUGUGCGACGUGAAUUCAAGCUUCCAGAAAAUAUUGGAGUAAACAAUAAACUUGAUGAUUAGAUAAUCCAUGCAUAUACGUACGCAGACCACCAUGCCUCACACCCACACAUACACACACACACAUGUAUACACCCACAAAUAUAUGAGCCAACAAAGGAGCCUCUAUGUGGUCGCUUGACCUGCUAGAAAUAGCAGCCAAAUUUCCCUUAAAUCUCACCCUACCAUCUUAAAAAAAAGAUGAUAUCUAAUUAGGCUUGUUUGCUACUCAAGUUUUGAGCCCAAGAGCAAACAGAGGGUUUCUCUCCGGGCUUGCUGGUCUUCUGCUAGUGUUGCUAUUUGUCUUGGUGACCUCAUGAUUCAGGGUGUUGACCCUUAACCGGGAGUAUUUGUCAACAGGGAGUGAGAGAAGGAGAGAGAAAGAGAGGGAGAGUAAGAAAAUGAAAAAAAAAAGAAAA